AUGUGACUCAGAAGUAACUACGCGAUUUGACCCCCAACGAAGGUAUCCCCGCCAUUAACGUCAAACCAACAUGGCGUCCGUCAUCGGUUCCGAAGUAGAAAUACAGGAGGUGGAGGUGGAAUCCAUCCCGGUUGAAAUGCCCAUAGAGACAGUUGAAACAACAGACGAGACAGUUGAAGUUCAACCUAUGAUAGCUCUACAACCGCUCCCAGAUGCACAGGAAGAAAUUGUUUUACAGACAAGAGAAGAAGUUGUAGGUGAUCCAAACCUCGUGUAUGCGGAUUCUAUACCUGUACCAGCCCCUGAAAUUGAAAUAAGUACAGAGGAGACACAUACGUUGAAGAGAGGUAGAGGCGGAAAGAAGAAGGGUGCUAAAAAUCGAGGACUUUUAAGCGGUUUAGGCACGGAACUAACUCUUGACUCACCUUCUUCAGCUAAAAAAUGGGAACAGAAACAAGUGCAAAUAAAGACACUGGAAGGAGAAUUCUCUGUGACUAUGUGGGCUACAGGAACAGAUGAUAAGAUAAAGCUAGAAGAGGAUGCCUCAGUAUCUGAAACUGAUGCAGACUUCACAGAGUACAUGACAGGCAAGAAACUGCCACCAGGGGGCAUUCCAGGACUUGACCUCAGUGACCCCAAACAGCUGGCAGAGUUUGCAAGUCUCCAGCACAGGGACACAGCUCUGCUGCAGCACUCAAGAAUUAAGCCCAGAAAGCCAGCAGAUGAUGUGCCGCGGACAGUCCCAUGCCCUCACAAGGGUUGCAGUAAGAUGUUCCGAGAUAACUCGGCCAUGAGGAAACAUCUACACACACACGGUCCCCGAGUUCAUGUCUGCGCCGAGUGUGGGAAGGCAUUCGUGGAGAGCUCCAAACUCAAAAGGCAUCAGCUGGUCCAUACGGGAGAGAAACCCUUCCAGUGUACGUUUGAGGGCUGUGGCAAGAGAUUUUCUCUGGACUUUAACCUCCGGACUCACGUCAGGAUCCACACCGGUGACCGUCCGUAUGUCUGUCCGUUUGAUGGAUGUAACAAGAAGUUUGCCCAGUCCACAAAUCUCAAGUCUCACAUACUGACUCACGCAAAGGCUAAUAAUGUGAUAUCUGUACAGUUAGGCAGUGACAGUAAUAGCAGCGUAGAUCUAAAUCAAGCCACAGCGUAUCAACUGCCAUCUUCACAAGAGACAAUGCUAAUAGGGUAUGCCUAUGAAGAGCAAUGAUAUUAAAAUCUGAGAUACAUACAGGUUUUCUUUUUGGAGUAAUCCUUUGGACAUUUUGCCCUGAUACCAGCAAUCUGUGAAGAAUAUACAGACUUUGACUGAUGACCAUCAAGGUCAAGGUCAUUGUUGUCCAAACUUGGGUCUCGGACUUCGGCCUCGGGUUGUGGUCAGUGACUGUCUGCCUCAUUAACAUUUCAUCCUCAUGUAUUAUUUAUUAUGUUGUUCACUGUGGAGUGGAUUCAUUCGAGAAGUGCUUUUCUGACACUUGAUAAAGUUAAGCCAGUUGGAAUUGUGUCAUGCCUUUCUUCAAUUCGUCUCCAUAUAUUUAUUUGUUCAACACUGAUAAAUUGUCUUCAUGCACAGAAACUAUUUUGCUGCCCAACAAAAUACUUACAGAAAUUAGAGUGGUUACUGUUCCUGUUUAAUGUAGCCUUUUGAAGCGUUUUAUAAAAUAUUGAGACAUGUUAACAGAUUCUCUUGGUGUGUACAUACAUGUCAUAUCUUCACACAAUUUAUCCCGCUCUUUUCUGGCCGACACUGGGUUUCAUUAGUUUGUUUACAUAUAAACCCAUCACCACCAUUUCUACACCCCUCCCCCCUAACAUUCACACAUAUCCUAUCAAUGCAAACAACAAACUAAGUAUUCAGUAAGAAAAGCAGCAUUUUAACAUCAUAUUUUAAUGAUGUAUUGUUCAUGCCAGUGAGGGAUAGAUAUCAGUUUUAUACGGAACUAUUUAUUGUAAAUCUAACAUGUACAAUUUGACCUUUAACACUCACUUUAAUUUUUAAAAUUAUUUUGCUAAAAUUCAAACAAACUUGAGAUCAGAGAAAUCCCUCUCCAUUUCCUGUUUUUAAGUUUAUUUUUAUCUGAAUUAUUUGGUGCAACUGCUACGGUGUAUAAAACUUAAAGGGAGGCAAUAAAUUGUCAUUCCUCAAUGGUCUUCUCUUGAAAAUAAAAGUAACAAAAUAUU